AGAUGUUAACAAGAUUGAUACACAUGCAUACAUUAACAGAUAUAGUAUAAGUAAUCAAAUUGGCUGUGACUUUCUGUACUGUGAUUAUGACAGUGUUAGCUAGUCUACUCCAUUAAUACAUCGGUUCGCCUGGUACAGUGGGCGUGUUAUAGUACUGCCUUGAAGGAAAUGAUCUAAAUUUGACCGAUCAGAUGAAAUGUGAUUACAACAAAAAUGGAUACCUGAUCGUUAGGGGCUUACUCAAUGAUGCAGAACUGCAACAACUUCACAUUACAUUGGAAGGAAGUGAUGCUAUAACCAAACACCGAUAUGGGUUUUCAGAUGGAGAGGGCAAGAAAACUCAAAUGGCUCUAUGGAGCUAUCCUGGUGAUGAUGUAACCGGUGUUAUUGCUAGAAGUGAAAAGGUGUUAGGAACGUGUCAGGAGCUUUUAGGCGGUGGCGAAUUAUAUCAUUUUGAGUCAAAACUUAUGAUGAAAGAGGCAAGAACUGGCGGCAAGCACCUUUGGCACCAGGACUACGGAUACUGGUACAAUAACGGCUGCUUAUUCCCAGAUUUAAUAACGGUAUUUGUAGCGUACGAUAGAGCAACGACAGAAAAUGGCUGUUUGGAGAUCAUGCCCGGCUCCCAUAAGUGUGGGCGAAUCGAUCAUCUCAUGAUCGCCGGACAGACAGGAGCAGACAUUGACAGAGUACAUGCUAUCCAACAGAAAUGUCCACCUAUUCACGUGGAAAUGGAGCCUGGUGAUGCACUCUUCUUUCACUCCAACCUCCUACAUACAAGUGCGGGUAAUGACAGCGACAAGAGACGUUGGUCAGUACUAGUGUCAUAUAAUCGGACGGACAAUGAUGCGGUGCUUGAUCAUCCAUUUGGAAAACUAAAUAAAUUAGUUAAAGUUCGAAAUGAAGAUAUACUCAAAUGUCGAAACUAUACUAAUAUGGAUGGAAAGGAGUUUCUUGAUCCUCGAAAUGAUGCCAACAUAGUUUUAGAUGACAGUGUCAGCCAAUGACUUCUCCUUAAUUUCAAAUAUGAACAAAGAUUAAAAAGAAAUUCAGA